AUGGAAAGCGGUGGACGACACCCUCAGCUCUACUUUUUAGACGGCGACGUUGUCCUCGGCGCACCCCUCCUUUGUUCCCUAGACGGGAAAGUAGACCAAUACCAACUCUAUCGCGUGCAUAAGGCAUAUCUCGGGCACCACUCCGUGUUCUUCGCCAAUCUAUUCGCGGACGGGAGCGCGGGCCUAGGGCCAAAGUACGACGGCCAGCCUCUCGUUGAGGUGCUUGACAAGGCCGAAAAUUUCUCCCGCCUCCUCACCUACCUAUACAACCCUUUCGGGCCUCUGUUCAAACACUGGAGCCCUGACGCCCCUAUGUCGCUUACCCCUAUCAUCCGCCUCGCCGACAAAUAUCUCAUCGAGAGCCUUCGGACGGCCCUCAUCGAGCAGGUCACCUCCGACUGGCCAUGCACGCUCGCCGCCUGGGACGCAAGUGAAGGCGAGGCCAACGCAAUACGAGACACCUACAAGCGGAGCGUCGUAUCCAAUUCGCACGCGACACGCUUCGCCGACCAGAUCCCCGAGCCCGCCUCAGCCAUCGUCUUCGCGCGGGAGUUCGCGUGCCCCGAAAUCCUCCCCGCCGUCUUCUACCAGCUGUGCCGUAUCGGCAUCAAGGAGGAGUUUGAGCACAGGGAGAAUUACUACCCCACCCGCAGCGGACGGCUCGCGUGCUGGGCGCUGCUGGGCCGCGAGGACCUCACGCGCUACCUCCACGGAUGCGAUGCGCUCGAGACGUACUGCAAGGAAUUGCGGAGGAAGUUCGCAGAGGGGGACUCGGUGGCCGAAGGCUGCGUCCCGAUGUGGGCGCGCCCCGAACUGGGGCCGACGCGCGAGGACGAGAAGGACCGGACGGGCUGGCCGUGCUACGCGUUCGCGGAGCGCAUUCUGCAGCUUGCGUGGCCCGAAGACGGGGAGCGCGAGCCUCUUGAGGGGCUGCUCAAGCUGCUCGAGUACGAGAGGCUGCCGGAUGUUAGGAAGGACCGCCCGCGUGGGUUUUGUGAGGACUGUGAUUGGGGAUUUCACGGGUGGCUCAGGGCGGAGCGGCAGAUGCUUUGGGAUAGGCUCCCGGAGCUGUUUCAACUAUCAUGAUUGCAAGCUCCACGGACUCCGAGAUCAUUACAGAGUGCACGUACUACAUCG